CCCAAAACACCAUCUACCUGACCUAAGCUUUGCCAUGUUGCUACCACUUCUGGGAGCCUGUGCUGUGGUGGGUCCAUUCCAGGGCCCUGAGUGGGAGCCAGUAAGGGACCUAUUGCCUCAGGAUCGAAGCUGCAGGGAUCCCCGGUGCUGUGGUAAUCUACUUGUUUUCUGCCUCUUUCUGAUCUGGCAGAUCCAACAGUAUUGGUACCGGGUCUUCAGGACCAGCAAGAAGAACGCCACCAAGGUGCCACCGCAGACAUGGGCAGUGUCAUCCACCAGAUGUAGAACUUUCUUUGGGAUGAUUCCUGAAUUCUUUACUCAUGGAAAAAUCAGGGACCUGGAUGUUCCUGUCCAACAAUGGACACAGAAGCAGAGAUGGGGAUACAGAAAGAGCCUCAGACAACAAUGGGCCACCCAGUACCUACUGUCUCCACAGAACACAUGCCAAGGCCUCUCUUGGGUUGUCCACACCCCUUCUGAGCCAAUGUUUUUUACUUCUUCCUUUUCAAGCACUUGUCUUCUCCCUCAGAACAAUUCUUGGGACAUAUGGCAGGUCCCCUGGUAUCCCAACAAUAAUCAGGUCCACCCUUCCCUGGAAAUAUGCCAAAGAAUAGAACAGUUGCGGGCUCCCUCCCAGGAGGAGUUGGUGCCAGUAGAGCCUGUUAGCCUGAAGUACAACUCCACCUCCACAGCUUUAGCCAUCUCUCCCCCAAACUUCCCUUUUGUUCGGAGGUCAAAGUUCUGCCUCAGAGGGUUUCUGCCUGGUCCUCUUAACCAACAAUUGGAACCAUCCACCAAGAAGUCCCUGGAGAGCCAACAGGAUCCCUUAGAACCACAGAGUAAAACCCAGACAGUAGGCAAAGGAUAUAGUGACGACACCCCACAAUAUACAAACAAGAGAGAGAGCAGAAGGGAAGUUGCUUCAGAAAUACAAGCAUUCCUCCCAAUAGACUUUGGAGUAGAGAAGGUUGGAGAGGCUAAGGUCCUGGGCUGUGGAAACCAGAGACUAGUAAGGGAAACUGAUGGAGAGAUCUCAAUGCCAUGGUGGGAGAAGCAAGACCAAAUGGGAAUUGAAGAUAGAGAACAAACCGAGAAAGUAUGGAAGAAAACCCAGAGGGAGCCUGGAAAUAAGAAUCCUUCUACCCAGGCUUCUAUGGGAGAGAAUCAAGAACAGUUCAGAUGUAAAACUGACAUAGCAACUCAGACACCAGAAUGGGGGAACCAGGAGGAUGCUAUGGAGAUUCUGGCACUGGAGAAGGAGAAUGAGAAAGAAGUCAGAGGGAAGGAAGAGGCAGAGGCCCAGGACCAAGGAUUAGAAACACAAAGCUGGACUGGAAGCAAGAAUAGUGAGAAUUCCCAAAUGCUAAAUCAGGGGAUGCAAGACCAGAUCAGAAAUAAUACUGGUACAGAAACAGAGGCAGAGGACGGAAGAAACAAGGGUCAGAAUGGAAGUGAGGAUGGUGUGAGGGAGAACCUGAGAGAAGUCAAACCAGAGGGCCAUGAAGAGAUCCAGGCCCUAGAGAAGGAGAAUCAGGGAUGUGUAAGAACUCAGAACGAGGUCCAGACUCCAGCAGGGGAGAUGAGAGGGCAGAUUGGAAAUGGAUAUGUCAGGAAGACCCAAGCAUCUGAGAAAGAGGACCAGAAUCUGUCAGGACACGGAGUUCAAGUGGGGAUAAAGAAGCUCAGGGAGAUAAGAGAAGAGGACUGGGUGGUGCUUCAGGCACAGUGGUGGGGAAACCAGAGACUAGUGCUGGCUGCAGUUGACAGAGGAGGACUCAAGAUAUCAUGUUGGGGAAAUCAGGAGGAGGUUGGAGGGGAACACAGUGCAGAAAUUCAGUCACUGGAGAGUGACCGAGGACAAGGUGGAGGUGGUGGGACAAAUAACCUGACACCUGAGGCUGAGAAUCAGGGUCAAGAAAGAGGUAAAACUGGUCUGGAGACUUACCCAGUAGGGAGCAAGAGGGAGGAUAGGACUGACCAGGAAAGUGGGAUGGAGAAGCUGGUAUUUGGGGAGAGAAACCUGAGGGGGGCUCAAGGUAAGGAUGAAGCAAGGACCCAGAAACUUGGGGAAGAAGAUCAGGAUCAGUUAGGAAAUGAAUUUCAUAAGAAGAUUCACAUACCAAAAUGGAAGAAUCAGGAAGAGACUAGAGGCAACAAUAGUAUAAAUAUGCAGACAUCUGAGGCAGAGAACUGGGAAGAAAUAACAAGUAAAAGCAUUGAUGGUUCAACCUAUGCAGCAGGGCACAAGGAGGCAGAGAAGGCUUGGGGUGAGGAUGGCACAGAAGUUCUAAUACAAGGGAUGAGACUCCCGGGAGGAGCUGGAGGACAGGAAGAAAGAGAGACCAAGGCAGCCAUGGAAGAAAGCCAGAGCUGGUUAGGAAGUGACAUGGGCACAAACACCCUCUUGUCAGAGUUAAAUAACCAGAAGUGGGUAGGAAGUGAGGAUGGAAGAGAAGUUCAGGCCCCAGAGAAGAAAAUCCAGGGAGAACCUGGAGAUGAUGAUGUAAAGAAGACCCAGAGGCCUGAGAUCAAGAACCAGGGACAAUUUACUGAGACUGAGGGAAACCGUCCUACAAGGUGGAGGAGCUGGGAGCAGACUAGAGAGGAGAAAGUUUCAGCAAAUGGGGCAUUGGAGAAGGAAAACCGGAGCAAGGCUAGAUGUGAGGAUGGUAGAAAGAUCCAGAGAGCCAGGAGAAAGGAUCAGAGAGUGUUAAGUAAAGUUAAUGGAAAGACCUACUUGUUAGAGUGGAAGAUUCAGCAAAAAUUCAGAGAUGGGAAUGAUGCAGAAAUUCAAAACCAUGGGAAGAGAAAUAUGAGAAAUUUCACAGGUGAUGGUGGCCCAGAGACCCAAGCCUCAGUGGGAGAGAACCAGAAGCAGUCAGUGUGUGAAACGGAUGGAAAGAUUCACACACGGGGCCAAAGAAUCCAGAGCAAGGGUAGAGAUGCUGCUGCAGAAAUCCAGGAUGUAGGGGCCCAGAGAAAAUGCAGAGCUGAGGAUUCUGAACCAUCUCAUAUACGGAGGAGAGGAGACAAGGGCCAAGUCAGAAGAAAGGAUGCUGUCAGGCCCAGUCUCCAAGUUGACUCUUCUGCAAGAGUGAGGCCCAGAGACAGGAAGUACAGCUUGGCCCAGCCUACUUCUCUCAUUUUUAGGCACAAGCACCCAGUAGCUGGAAAUGGUGUGGACUCUGUUCCCUGUCCUGAAGAACAUCUAAGAAGCCAAGGCACAGUCCCUGUCCCGAAGCACAGAGGUAGGGUCAAUGAAAGCUCCCAGAGGGCCCAACCUGGCACUCAAAGAAGACAAGAAAGGGAUGAAAGGGUGGACCCAGGAAAGGCUUCCAGCCUGACAUGCCAACACCCUCACCCACAGUCUCAGGCAUCCUCUGUCUUUCCCUCUCUUUUGUGUCCCCAAGUCUCCCAAACUACCCCAGCUCUAGCAAGUGUACCUGUUGUCCUCACCACUCUGGGAAAAUGGCCAGCCCUCAAGAAGAGCAAACAUCUGCUUCUGGAAUCCCUCAUGAAGAGAAGGAUUGCGCACCUGAGGUGGGGUCUCCCUCGUCGGAUCCUAGAGUCUUACUUACUUUUUCACUUCUUAGAAUCCUGCUCUUUGCCACUGGCUGGAGUGAGCCUGCCUGGAUCACACACAGACCGGGAAUGCCAAAGGUCACUGGAACGGCAUUGUGAGUCUCAGGGAUCCACGUUAGGCCCUGAGUCUCCAGGCAGGUUUCAAAGCCGUCCAAUUCUUGAAAGAAAAAGCUCAAAACUUUCUACCCAAGUCCAGGCUCUGGAGAAGUGUAGGCCACUCAAGUCAGAGCCAAUGGGCCGGCCCAUUCCACCUAAAAAACCCAGGAGAACUAGACCACCUGGGGGAGCAAGAGAACCACAGAUCCAAGAGGAGGCCCCUAAGGCCAAGAUGCCCGCUCCAAUGAAUCCUAAGCCAGCAGCAGAGUCCAGGAGCUGGUGUGGCCCAAGACAGGUCCAAGAGCUUCCCACAGAAAGCAGCAGGGGCAGGAAAAUGGUCAGGUCUGGAGUCUCCCAUGCAGAACACAGAGUUUCCAGCAGAGUGAGGGCCUCAUCCUGUACAGAAGGCCACAGCCACCAGAAAAAGGAAUGCGUACCCAGGGAGGCCUCUGAGCCCCCCAGACUGAAAUGCGAGCAGCCCACACACGGCAGAAGUGCAAACAUGGGACCUGCAGAGGGCAGAGGGGCCUGUCAGCCGCCUUCCCCCUGUUCUGCACAUACCCCUAGCUUCAAAGAGCAUGUUCACUUGGCUGCAGCCAGGCUGAACAUGACAUUCUUGAGCAAGAUGCCAUGGUUGCCACAGCCAGCUAAGCCCCAGCACUCAGCCCCUUUUCUUACCCUGAGGAGUUCUACCCCAUUUUCUAAAGUGAGUGCCCCAUAUACAAGGGAGUACAGCACCAGAGUCCACACUGCUUUGGAGAGGGACCCUGAGCCACCAGGACAUUUCUGUACAGAGGUAACUGUUCCCAAGACAGAGAGCUACCAGGAACAUGAGACACCUGGGAAGUCAAAUAGGGCACCCCGAAAUCCAGCAGUCUCACAAAGGUUUGGUUUUAUGAGGCACUGGAGAUAUUUUCUCACACAGUGUGGCUUUAAAAAGUAG